AUGCUGUGUGAUGCCAAUCUGCCGAAGGGUUUUUGGGCUGAAGCAGUUGCGACGGCAUCAUAUGUGAUCAACCGAUCACCAACUAUCGGACUGCAAAUGACACCUGAAGAAGCCUUUACUGGUAAAAGACCGAAUUUGGCGCAUCUUCGUAUGUUUGGAGCCAAGGUGAUGUGUCAUGUUCCAAAAGAGAAGAGACAGAAAUGGGAUGCCAAAUCCGAGCAUGGAAUUUUCAUGGGAUACAGCAGCAGUUUCAAGGCGUAUCGAGUUUACAACUCGAAGACGAAGAAAAUCAUCGUCAGUCGGGAUGACAUAUUCCUGGACGAGUGUGCAACGAAUCGAGCUCCUGAGGUGGGAGAAUCAUCGUCUGAAGUUGAUCUUGGAGAAUUGUAUGUACAGCCUGUCAUACAGCAUCAAGAAGAUGAACGUUUGGAGUCAAUUGAAGACCGAAAUGAUAUUGACGACGAUGACGGCGAUUCAGAGUACGAUGAUGCUAAUGGCGAUGAAGCUGCAGCUGUUCAACAUCAUCAACCGAUCGAGCAGCUUGCCGCGCUCCCUCCACAAUUAGAGGACCCACAUAAGAUUCAAGGCAAAUUCGAUACUGGUGGCUGCGGUACGGUGUUGAUGGGCAGCCAUGCUCGCUCCAAACAAGCGGUGGUCAUUAAAAUAGCCAACGACGAGGUGGAGAAGCUCCUGCUCGCCACGGAGCGCCGGAUCUAUGCGCGGCUCCCGAAGGCCCGUGGAUGGCCCAGGCUCAUCGACGCCGGUACGUAUCGCAAACGCGAUGUGCUGGUUUUGGUACGCCUGGGGCCAUCACUGCAGGAGUUAUUGGACUUGUGCGGAGGACGCUUCGGUCUGAAGACGGUUUCGCAGCUUGCGCUGCAACUGCUCGCCAGGCCGGAAACGUUCCAUGAGCUGGGGUACGUUCACUGCGACAUGAAGCCGGACAAUGUCCUGCUCGGCCGCGGAACGACCCGCAAGACGCUCCACUUGAUCGACUUCGAUCUUACCGAGCCGUAUCGGCACCCACGCACGGGGGGGAACACAUAG